AUGCGCAAUUUGGUGGAGCUCGGCUCCCCGAAUAGCGUCUAUUACACAGUAUUCUGUUGCUCUCAUGUCAUUAUUGCAUUCUUCAUUUUCAUGAUUCUAGAUCUAACCCUCACUCUAUUCUCCCUAUUUUUCGAACUUUUUGUGAUUUUUUACCGUGAUGUCCCUGAUCAGAUAUGGGCGAUUUUUCACGGGGCCUCACUGAUUACAAUGGUUUCUGGAUUUUUUGCGAUUUGUGACAACCCCACAGCUAUCAUAUUUUUCGGUUGUCGAGUUUCGUUGAUUUUGGCGGUGACUAUUGCUAGAUUUAUUGGCUAUCACGAUGUUGAUGAGGAUUUACGUCUGGAAGUGAGGAGAAAAUACGAGGAAUUCGAGGCGUCUAUUGAUGCAGCACCGAAGGAAGAUUGA